AGAAUUAGCAAUACGCGUGGUGCUCUUGAGGCUUUUUAACCCGUUUUUGCCACGUGAAUUUAUUGAAAAUAACUGUCGAACGCUGCAAAAUGAUACUCUUCACAAACGAAGGCAAUCCGAUUGGCCUGCAGCUGUUGGUACUCGCCAAAUAUCUCAAGAGGCCGAUGUUUCUGCAGCAGAUUACCAUAACUGAUGCUAAAUACAAGGAUUUGAUACUACUGCCCACGGUGGAGCUGGACAACGGGUUGCGUUUAUUCUCCACCGCAGCCAUAUAUAAAUAUUUGCUUAUGCAUGAGGGUUAUCCAAGGAACGAGUGGCUGGAGUGGGGCGCAACGCUGCUGACGCCAGCUCUGGAGCACUACAUGGCUACGGGCCAUCGCGCCGAUUCGAGAGCUGGGCCCGUGCUCAAUGCUUUAGUGAAGAAGCUGGACGAUACCCUCAGUGUUUCUCCGUUUAUUGCCGGAGACAAGCUAACCUCUGCGGAUCUAUUCAUUUGGUCUCUGCUUGCCCCGGACGGCACACUGAAAGGUGCCCAGAAUGUAGAGCAUUUGCACAGCUGGUAUAACAAAAUCAAAGCUCUGCCCGAGGUGCAGGAGGCGUUAAAGGAGCUGCCCAUCAACACCCUAAGCUUCAAUGCGCUGCAGCAGGGGAAUCGUUAUGGUGGCCUUGCGCAUGUCCAGCUGCGGCGUGGCAUCUCUCAGGAUGCUGACAAAGUUCUGGCUGAUUCUGGACCCACUGUGGCCGACACCGUUUCCGAGGAGGAAAUCAAUACAGCACGCGAAGCCUUCAUAUACACCGAACCCAAGGAACUAACUGAGCCACGCACUGUGCUGCCCAAGCCAGGCGAACGCAAUGUGCUCAUCACCUCAGCUCUGCCCUAUGUCAACAAUGUGCCCCAUCUGGGCAACAUAAUUGGCUGUGUGCUCUCGGCUGAUAUAUUUGCCCGUUACUCGCGUGCCGCUGGCUACAAUACGCUGCUCAUCUGCGGCACGGAUGAGUAUGGCACGGCAACGGAGAACAAGGCGCUGGCCGAGAAUAUGACUCCGCGCGAGAUAUGCGACAAGUACUUCGAGCUGCACAACUCCAUAUACCGCUGGUUCGGCAUUGGCUUCGAUUACUUUGGACGCACCACGACACCGGAGCAAACUGAAAUUGUCCAAGAGGCUUUCAAGGAUGUCUACGAAGCGGGCUACAUACUCACAGAGAGCGUGGAGCAGCUGCUGUGCCAGAAAUGCGAUCGUUUUCUAGCGGAUCGUUUCGUGGAAGGUACCUGUCCACAUCCGGGCUGCGGCUAUGAGGACGCACGCGGCGAUCAGUGCGACAAGUGCGGCAAGCUAGUCAAUGCCACCGAGCUGGUGCGUCCACGUUGCAAGGUGUGCAACACUGCGCCCGUGCUGCGUUCCUCCGAUCAGCUGUUCCUGGAUUUGCCGAAAGCCGAGCCAAAGCUACGUGAAUGGGUGGAUCGUGCUGAACAGGGCUGGACACACAAUGCACGCGUCAUCACGCGCGCCUGGCUGCGCGAGGGUCUGAAGCCGCGCUGCAUCACGCGCGAUCUCAAAUGGGGCAUACCCGUGCCGCACAAGAACUUCGAGCAGAAGGUCUUCUAUGUGUGGUUCGAUGCGCCAUUUGGUUAUGUUUCGAUCACCAAGCGCUACACCAAGGACUAUCUGCAAUGGUGGCAACCGGCACCGGGCACCGAUGUCGAGCUCUUCCAGUUCAUGGCCAAGGAUAAUGUUCCGUUCCAUUCGGUGGUGUGGCCCUCUGUGCUGCUGGCCAUCAACAAGGGCAACACCUUGGUUAGCCACAUCAUGGCCACGGAAUAUUUGAACUACGAGGAUGGCAAAUUCAGCAAGAGUCGCGGCAUUGGCGUCUUUGGCAAUGAUGCCCAGGAGACGGGCAUACCCGCCGACGUCUGGCGUUUCUAUCUGGCCUCCGCCCGUCCUGAGGGCCAGGACUCUAGCUUCAGCUGGACUGAUUUGGCCGCACGCAACAAUUCCGAGCUGCUCAACAACUUGGGCAACUUUGUGAAUCGCGCUUUGUCCUUCUGCGAACGCAACUUCGACAGCAAAUUGCCACAGAUGGAUCUGAAUCACAAUGAUUUCUUGUUGUUGGCUCUGAUCAAUCGGGAGCUGCGCGGCUACAUCAACUCGCUGGAGAAGGCCAAGAUGCGCGAUGGCAUUCGCCAUCUGCUGUCCAUUUCCCGUCAUGGCAACGGCUACAUACAGUACCAGCAGCCGUGGGCGUUGCUCAAGGGCAGCGAUGAUCAGAAGUCGCGUGCCGGAACUAUCAUUGGGUUGAGCAUAAAUAUAGUCUGUCUGCUGGCCAACUUGCUGUUCCCCUUUAUGCCAACGACAGCGCGCGCCAUGUUCGCCCAGCUGAACACCAAGCAAACGCCACUAGAUGCUAACAAACCUUUCGCUACGCAGCUCUUGCGACCUGGCCAUAAGAUAGGCACGCCUUCGCCGCUCUUUGACAAAUUGGACCACGCCUUCAUCGAGAGUCUCAAGGCGAAAUUUGGAGGCUCGCAGGCCGACAAGGAGGCAGUAGCCGCAGCAGGAGCAGCAGCAGCUCAGCCACAGUCAAGCACAGUGGAGCUGGAGGCAGCUGUUAAGGCGCAGGGCGAAAAGGUGCGCCAGCUGAAGGCGAGCACAAAAGACAAAGCUGUGUGGCAGCCGGAGGUCAAUAAGUUGCUGGAGCUAAAGAAGCAAUUGGAGGCGGCACAGAAGGCGGGAGCAGGAUUAACAGCAGCUGCAGGAGAAUCGCCAGCUCCAGGUGGGCAAUCUGUACAAGCACUGGAGCAAGCAGUGCAGGCUCAGGGCGAUAAGGUGCGCCAGCUGAAGGCGAGCACAAAAGACAAAGCUGUGUGGCAGCCGGAGGUGAACAAGUUGCUGGAGCUAAAGAAACAAUUGGAGGCGGCACAGAAGGCAGCUCCAGUAUCAACAGGAGCAGUAGCAGCAGCAGCAGCAGCAGCAGCAGCAGCUCCAGUCCCGUCUGCAUCUCCAUCUGCUCAAUCUGUACAAUCCCUGGAGCAGGCCGUGCAGGCCCAGGGCGACAAGGUGCGCCAGCUCAAGUCAACAACCAAGGACAAGGCCGUUUGGCAGCCCGAAGUCAACAAGCUGCUAGACCUUAAGAAACAACUUGAGGAAGCCAAAGCAGCUUCAGGAGCAACAUCAGCAUCUGUCUCACCGGCACCAAAAGGCAUCGAUGCAGCCGCAGUUAAAGCGUUGCAAGAGAAAAUCGCGCAACAGGGCGAAAAGGUGCGCAAUCUGAAGGCCACUGGAGAUGCCUCCGUUUGGAAACCCGAAGUGGAAAUACUGUUAAAUCUGAAGAAGGAACUGGCGGCGCUUGAUGGUUCAGCUGCAGCUGCGCCUCAAACUAAGAACAAGAAGAAGAAGUAAAACUGCUACAAAUGUAAACAACUCAUGGAUUAAUCUAA